GAACAAUGUUUUCUGAUCCAGACUGUAAAAUAAACUCAUCGACUGUAUAUGAGAACUGGACUGACUGACUUCUCGUUUCAAACAGGAAGUACUCGCUGGCUCAUAUUAGCCAAAAUUCUAUAGACUCCUAUAGAAAUUGAACAGCUAUUACUUAGAUAUUUUAUCUGUCAGAAUAACUAUUCUUGCUCUGAUAUAUUUAAAAAAAAUGUUUUUGAUAAUGCUAUAUGAUUUCAUGCUAAUGUUUCUUUAGUGCAAGUUAUAAACUGACCAAUCAGAUGUCCUAUUAAAAAUAGGUGGUCUCACAUUGAUUGACAGAUUCUUUUUGAAUUCUAACAAGCUCAGUCUUGAUUGUCGACAGCAGUUGCCACAGAAACAUGGACUCAGACCGACUCGGACCAAUGACUGUUUACUGACGUUGUCUGGCUCCAACAUGGCGGUGUAAAAAAAAAAAAAAAAGGCUACUGAAGUGACUUCAUCUGGUUGGAGCCAGAAGUAGACUACUUUCUAUGGAUCUGGACACACUCAUGGGGUUAACUUUUAAAAGUGGGGUAACAGGAGACUGCUCUCUUCUGCCUCCAGUGGUCAUUUGAAGAACUGCACUCUAUUUUGACAUCGUUUGUUGAUUUAGGGACCAAAUAAUGGACCAAUUUUUAGACACCAGUGUUAGGAACAGAAGGUGAAGGGUUAAAACUAGAGGAAAAGCUGUUAGAUUGACUCCUGUUGAAGUGAUUCAAAAACAAAGAACACUAACCUAACACGGAUGUUAGUCUUGCUCAGCGCUCUUCACUUGUACUUUCCUGAUGGGGUCUUUCACCACAGAAUUUGACUCCCAGAGUUCUUACCUUUCAAAAUAAAAGGAAAGUUGGAAACAAACUCCAAAAAAAAAAAAAAAAACAGCAGCACUUUCCCGUCCCGUCUCUUCCACCUGAUCUGUUACUAAAUGUGCUGAGUCAGCCGUUCAAAUGUCCAGUUUCAUUCAUCUGACAGAUUUUUUUUAGAUGUUUCCAACUACACUCAAAUAUUUUUCAUUAUCAGCCAUCAAAAGUCACACAUAUUUGCAUCUCUUUCUGUCCCCUUUUCAUUGUUUUUCUUCAUGUUUGAGUUGUUGCAACUAAAAGUUUUAUUGAAUGAAAACUAAAAUAAAAAAAAAAUAAAAAACAAGAAUUUAUCUGUACUUUUUAAGCUUCAUUAACAUCUAUAGCUGCAUGUUCCUGGUCAGUGACAGCAGAACAUCGUGGGACUGUAUAUCUUGUUUUUGGUUGUGAUAUCAGAGUGGGCGGAGUGGAGUUAAAAGGAGAUCCACGCUUUCCAGUCAUCCUCCUUGCAGUUGGCAGACGCUCAGCAUACAGUGAGUUCUGACCUUUUUUUCUUUUUGCCUAAAUAUAUUUUACUUAUAAUCUCUUGUAAAAUUGGAUUAAGUUUGUUCUAUAAGGAAGAAAUGUUUUUCUCUUAGUUUACCUUCACAUUAAGGUCAAAGUGCACUGCAGGAUGUGGCUCUUGGCGCUGGUCCCCCUCUGCCUGGCUGUCUUUGGAUCCCUCGGCAUUUGGACUGUGUUUGCAGUUUCUGUGAUGAACAACUCAGUGAACCUCACUCACGGUUUCCCGUACAUCAGUGACUGUGCCAGGGUACCUCCCCAAAAAUGUCUGUUCUCCCAGAUCUGUAACCUCAUCGUUCUGUCAGCUCUUUGGAUCGGCAUGGUCCAGUUCCAGCAGGUCAAACAGCUUGGGAACCAUGGAAGAGUCAACACUGCCAGUGCCAUUUUGGGGUUUCUCUUCUGUGGAGGACUUUCCAUCAGCACCAGCUUCCAUGAACCAGAGACGGAAGAAAUCCAUGCGGGGGGGUCCAUUGUGGCCUUCUUGCUCGCCAUGAUCUACUUCUGGUUGCAGGUUUAUCUGACAUAUGAGGGCAGGUCGUUUCCAGAGCGGGUCUGGAUGUGGCCUUUACGGGCUUUGAUCUGCACCAUUGGCUCACUCAUCGGCCUUGCCAUUAUUGGCUUCUUCGUGAUCGACUAUAUCUCCGGAUUGACUGUGUGUGAAUUUGCUUUAGCAAUGGUGAUCUUCAUCCUCUUCGGUCUUUUUGCUGUCGAGUUCAGACAUAUUGAAUGUCACGUUCUCAUUGUGCAAAAAACGCUGUUAAAGGAUGAGAAGAACCUGGAGUCAGUGAAAGCCAACUUCACUGUUGUUGAAGCAAUCAGCUGAACUUAUUACAGAGUUUUAUGAGAAAUAAAAGACACAUUAAAAGGAAGUUGGUUUGAAGUGUUUAUUGCUUAGUAAACAUUAACACUA